UGGCAGCUGAAAAUAGAAAGAGCGUGUAUUUUGAAAAAGAAAAUAAUGGUUUGGGCAAAUCGAGAAACUAGGGCAUCGACAGUCGUGCUUUGACUCCGUUUCCAAGCGCUUCCCAAUCUUCCUUCAUCGCUUGCAAUCGCAAGCACUGAUCCGGCCAUGUAUCGGAUCAAGAGUUGGCCUUCCUUCUUCGUACUAGCAGCUGCCGUCUUCUUCUACUGGAAACCGCCUCUUCAAGAAAUGGCCGGGGAAGUUCCCAAUUCCAUCUACGAUGUCCAUGUGAAGGAUAUAAGCGGAAAUGAUGUUAGUCUGAGCAGUUACAGUGGAAAAGUUCUUCUUGUUGUCAACGUUGCUUCUAAAUGUGGUCUCACUCACUCCAACUACAAAGAGCUGAAUGUUGUGUAUGAGAAGUACAAAGAUGAGGGACUUGAAAUACUAGCAUUUCCUUGCAACCAGUUUGGCAGUCAAGAACCUGGAACCAAUGAAGAAAUUAAGGAGACCGUAUGCACAAGGUUCAAAGCUGAGUUUCCAAUAUUCGAUAAGGUUGAAGUGAACGGUGAAAAUGCUGCACCAUUAUACAAGUUCUUGAAAUCAAAGAAAGGCGGGUUUCUAGGUAAUCGCAUCAAGUGGAACUUCACAAAGUUUCUUGUGGACAAAGAUGGCACAGUUGUUGAGAGAUAUUUACCGACAACAUCACCCUUAAAAAUUGAGAAGGACAUUCAAAAACUAUUGGGAACUGCAUCAGGGUAAAAAGGUGGUCUUGUGCGAUUGGAAAUGUUAUCUUAGGCUAUCCAAUAAAUAUGAUGAGAAUGAUGUAGCACUUCAUUCAAAGUCAUAUUAAUCCUUAAAUGUCAAUAUUCUUGAUACUAUUUUGCUGUUAUUAACUGAAUUAUGACAUGAAUAAGAUCAUCAUGGUCUACUGCUUUCUGAA